AUGCCCACAACCCAUGUCGUCCCCGAUUCUGCGUCCUCGCUGCAAGACAUUGCAAACUCUCUGUUCAAGGCGCGCAAGGUUGUUGUUAUCACGGGUGCCGGUAUAAGCACAAACUCGGGCAUCCCAGAUUUCCGUUCCGAGAAUGGCCUGUACUCUCUGAUACAGGCUCAGUUUGACGCGGCCGAGGCGAAGGGCCCGCUGAGCAGCGAAGGCGAUGCCGACGAGUCUGAUGUGGUCGCGGAGAGCAUUGACGAGAGGCCAGCAAAGCGACGGAAAAUAUCCCGCGACGAGACCACUCCCUCGCGCCAGGAACCAAAGGAGUUUGUGCGAGUAGCAGUCCGGGAUGUCGAAACCAAGGGCAAGGAGGAAGUGCUGGCGGAAAGUGCGACGGAGGGCGCGCCGGCGCCGGCUAAGUCUGUUGAGGCGGCUGCCGCACUUUGCCCACGACUUCCCGGGAGCGACGUGAUUAUGGAAGAGAUCGAGGCACGGCAGCACGCUCUGGGCCCUCCCAUGGAACCUCCCGGUGGCCUACUUUCCAGCGAGACCAUCCGAUGGGCCGUCGGAGAUCAGCCACUGGGUACUUCGCCCAUGCUAACCCUCCUACCGAGCCCAAAGCUAGCAUCCGGGCCACCCUUUGUCUCUUCUCCCCCGAGUAUGGCUCUGGAUGCCCUGCGACUCCGGUCCGACUCGGACCAGACAUACCCGCACACAAUGAGUUCGUCGCCGCUUUCGUCGCCGCCCCCAAUCAUGUUCGAUCCGUAUCAAGAGUUGCUGAGGGGCGGCUCGAGCUCGUCGUCUCAGUCUUCAAGCCGACAAAGCAUGUCGUCUCGAACACAAAGCGAGGAGCCAUCUUCCGCCUCGACACCUCUGCUCACAUCGCAGUCGUCGUUUGCCUCGUCAACCGGGAGAACGUCCCUCCCGAACAUGAAAGGCAGAGACUUGUUCGACGCGCAGAUAUGGUCUGAUCCCAUCAAGACGUCGGUGUUCUACACUUUUACCGCAACGCUGCGGCAGAAAGUCCGGAGUGCUGAACCGACAAGCAGCCAUCAAUUCGUCAGUGUCCUCCGUGAUAGCCGGAAGCUUGUCCGGUGUUACACGCAGAAUAUCGACCAGCUCGAGGAGCGCGUGGGGCUCACAACCUCGCUCUCGUUGGGGCCGGGAAGUCGCUAUCGCUUCUCUCAUCGGACGGGACGCGUCUCGGCAGUCGCCAGGGGGGUGGUGGUCAAGGACGCAGAAUCGUCUACCCAGAACCAAAGCCAGACACAGCAAAGCCAAGACGACACCCAGCAAGAGCAGCGACCGGGUUCAGGGUCGCAGCUCACCCCGAGCGCCUCCCAGGUUGAAGAUAAUCCGCCGGCUCAGCGAAUCGGCGGCGAGCCUAGUCUUCUCGACGGUGCGAAUGUUGUUGUUGCCAUUCCCGACCCCCUUCCGCAGGCUCCGCCAAGUUCAGCUCUAGUCGCAAAAGUUGCUGUAGUGCCCACCGCCGCGGUUUCUGUACCUACACCUCCCAAGCGUGGCGUCGAGUGCGUCUGUCUUCACGGGUCUCUCGCCGAGCUUCGAUGUUUUGUGUGCGCGAGGACCGCGUCCUGGGACGAGGAUUCGCGUCAAGUUGACAUACUUGCAGGCCGGCAGCCUACAUGUCCGCAUUGUGCAGGUGCGACGGCGGCGCGAGAAGAACGCGGCAAGCGGGCCCUCGGUGUCGGCAAGCUGCGGCCUGAUAUCGUCCUGUACGGCGAGGAGCAUCCCCACGCCCAUCUUAUCAGCCCCAUUGUCCAGCACGAUCUCUCCCUCGGGCCCGACAUGCUGCUCAUCUUAGGGACCAGCAUGCGUGUCCACGGGCUGAAGGUGCUUGUAAAGGAAUUCGCCAAGGCAGUUCACGAUCGGGGAGGCAAGGUUGUCUUUGUCAACUUUACCAAGCCGCCAGAGAGUGUGUGGUCGGAUGUCAUCGACUAUUGGGUGCAAUGGGACUGCGAUGCUUGGGUAGGCGAUCUGCAACAGAGAAAACCGGCUCUAUGGUUGCCUCCGGGCACGGUGAUGCCGGAGGAUGAGAAGGUGAAGGCGCUGAAAGCAUCUCGCAGACAGAGCGGAGUCGAGUCUGGCAAACGCAAAGACGGCGCAAGCUCGGCCCCGAGAAAGCGCAAGGAUCAGGACAAGCCCGCCGCCAGGAAGCCGCCAACAGAAACAUGCGAUGUUAUUGAGGUAGGCAAUGAGCCAGCCGAGGAGUGUCUGCAUAUUUCGUCCGAAGAGAUGGUGCCGGCGGUGUUGCCCCCACUUCCGGCCUCGUCUUCCCCACUUGUGACCAAGGUCACUGGGCCAAAAACAGUCAAGCUGUUUCCCAGAGAACCAAAACUGAACCCCAACGCGAAACGUCCCGCGUCUGUACGCGACCACAAGCUGAACGGCGCAUAUCUGGUCAACAAAAUUCUGAGCGACCUCCGCCGACUCUCAGGCGGAGAAGUCGACGAUCUGCCACCCUCACAUCUAUCUUCCUCUCAAUCUUCUCAAUCCUCACCUCAUUCUUCUCAAUCCUCGCCUCUUGCACCCGUCGCCAAAAUGCCGCCAAAGAAGAGACAACGGAAGUCUGCACCCGCAAAAGCAACAGGCGAUCAAGCCCGAGAGCCAAACACGGCCACUGAAUCGCAAGACAAUGCCAAUUUCGAUCUUGGAGGUAGUGACAACCAAAUGAACCCUUCGCAUUCAACAUGGCAGACCAGCAAUGCUGCCUCCUCCAUGCCGGCUAAAGAGGAUAUAAAGAUGUCAAUCGAGGUAGACCCCGACUCUAUCUCCACUGCAGUAAAGUCCAGACCACGACAGAGAAAGUAUUGGACGUUAGUUAACGGCCUCGAAAAGCUCGUGACCGUCACUAGUGAAGAUGUGCCAUCAGACGUGUUUCGACGGGAGCGUGAAGCCUUGCAGGAAAACGAAAAGAAGCGUCGUACUUCAUCAAAGCCAAGGCGCUCGGAAACCCUGCCGAAGCGAUGGGAAACCCUGCUAGUUCUCAAAGAGGCCCAGACAGCUCCUGCCGAGGCCCAGGAAGUUCCCGAAGAGAUCCAGACAGUUCCUACCGCGACCCAGUCAGUUCCCCAAAAGGCCCAGACUGCUGCUGCUGCAGAGACCCAGCCACUUACCGUCUCUUUCGAUCCGUCGAAUGAGUCACGGCGGCCGAAAUCGCCCCCAAGUUAUGACUAUCCGUCGAGGUCGCGGCGGCGCUUUGAGCUGGUAAGUCUGACGGGCGAUGACUCAAAUGACGAGUAUUGGGAGCGUGAUCUUAAGGAGCAUGAGGAGAAAAUGCAGCGUAGGGAUGAGUAUAUGCAGCUGCCCAAUGCCUUUGCCGACGGGUUUGCAGAAACAGACAGACUGAUUUCCCGGUUGCGGGACAUGACGCCUCGCCUAAAGUCGCCGAUCUGGCAAGGACCUUUGAAUCCUGGAGAUUCGAGUGACGUGGAGUCUUCGGAUUCCAGUAUCGUACAGGCUUCGGGCUCGAGUGACGUUGAGGUCAUGGACACGAUGCCUCGCCAAACGUCGUCGAUGCCGCCAGGACCGCUGAAUACGCGAGUUUCAGUUGGCUUUGAUGAGGGCAUGGACGAGGGCCUUGAUAUAGAUAUGAGCAGCGUGGAGCCGCCCCCCUCGACCUCCAUGCAGUUGCCUGCGUCUACCGAGAUGCACUCGCCGCAUCCGAGUAAUGUGCAACCGCCGCACCCAAGUGGCACGCACUUAGCCACACAGUCACAUAACUAUACUUACGUGCGAUUUGCGCCGACUGAGGUCGAGUCGCCGCACUUGAGUGGCAUGCAAGUGCCGCCCAUGGGUGGCGAGCAAAACCAGACGAUGGAGCCAAACAUUCCCUCGCCUGGUCCGCAAGUCAUUAUUUCCCCGCAUGUCGGAUCACCGAGACCCCUGUCUCCCAUGUCUCGCUGGCAAAAGGCAGCGUUUGAGUACCAUGAUUCAUACCCAGACAACCAUCUGAGUUUUCCUCCGAAGUGGAUGCAGAAAAAAGACCUCCCGCCGCCGCCAGAGCCCGAGACUCCCUCCGAGCAGCUCAAGGAGGAGCAGAGAAGGGCCAAUCUGCUUGCCCAAAUGAGAGAGGGGCGCGGGUGGUUCGUGGAAGUUUAG